AUGUCUUAUACUGAUAAAGACAGUUUUGAGCCUCUUGUGGUUCUUCAAUUUUCACCAACAACACCAACAAUUACCAAAGAUUGGGUUAUUAAACGAUUAACUUCAAGUCAUACUGAAGAUGAAGGUUCUGGUUUACUUGCCCGCUAUGAACAUACCCCGGAAAAUCAAGAUAGUAUAAUUGUAAUUGGUGCAACACUUGAUCGUCUUUUGGCAGGAGCAGAAGAAAUACGGAUACAAAAAUGGUAUAAAAAUAAAGGUCUAACCGAUUUUAUUGUUGCGGAUAUUGAACAUUUUGAAAAUUCAGAAAAUCCGUCAAAUAUUUUAUAUAAAUCGGAAAAACAACGUAUUAUCUAUGAAGAAAUACAAAAUUUACAUCCAGCAAGACAUGAAACAACUGUACCAGGUAUUCGAAAGAAGACAUUUGUACCUGAAAAUGAUACUAUCCUUAACAUUUUAACUGAUCAUGAUUAUCUUGUGAAUUUUUUUCCAUUACAUGACAAAGAAGAUAUUAAAUUACUUGAAUAUGAUUGGUUUGCAUCAAGAACUUCAAUGUUUAAAUCUCAGGAUAUUCAUAAAAUUCGAAAUUAUUUUGGUGAAAAUGUCGCAUAUUAUUUUGCAUUCUUAGAGUUUUAUACAAAAGCUCUCGUACCAACAGCUGUACUUGGUCUUCUACUUAGUUUUACACCAACAUCGGAUUUUUUCAAAUAUUCAUUUUUCUGCUUCUUUAAUGUUAUAUGGUGGACAGUAUUUAUGGAACGAUGGAAACGUUUAACAAAUAAAUUAGCAUAUGAAUGGGGUACACUUGAUUUACAAAUAUUUGAACGACCGCGCUCACGUUAUUUUGGAGAUUUACAUCGUUCUCCAAUUACCGAUAAAAUCGAACGACAAUAUCCAGCAUGGAAACGACAAGUGAAAAAAUAUCUCGUUAGUUACCCAAUAAUUAUGGGAUGUUUAAUAGGAUCGUUAACAGUAUAUUUCACAUUUUAUCGAACACAAAAGAAAAUGCAUGCUGAAUAUCCAUUAGAAAAUCCUAAAAAUCCACUUGAAACUAAACUUAUGCGUAUGGCACCAUCAACUUGUUAUUCAUUAGCAGUUAUUCCAAUAAAAUUAUUCUAUAGAAAAUUAGCAACAUUUUUAACAGAUUAUGAAAAUCAUCGUCUUCAAACAGCCUAUGAAAAUAAUUUAACAUCAAAAUUAUUUAUUUUCUUUUUUGUCAAUUGUUUUGCUGGUUUAUUUUAUGAAGCAUUUUUUAAUGUUAAUUAUGCCAAUGUUGUCCAAUUACUUACAACAUUAGUUAUUGUUAAUGCUAUUAUAUUAAAAUUUACCGAACAAGUUGUACCAUUUAUACUUAAAACUUUCAAGAAGAGUCAAUUAAAAGGUCAAUCAGUAGAAAAAGUUAGCGAAGUUCGUCAACAAAUUAAAACAUUAACACCAUUUGAAGGAACAUAUGGAGAUUAUUUAACUAUUUUUGAACAGUAUGGUUAUAUAGCUUUAUUUUCAGCCGUAUUUCCGUGGGUAGCACUUUGUGGAUUAAUAAAUAAUAUUUUUGAACUUCGUGCUGAUGCUUUUAAAUAUUGUUAUGUUUAUCAACGUCCAUUUGCUCAACCAGCUAAUAAUAUUGGUAGUUGGCAUCAUGCAUUUGAUAUAUUAAGUUCAAUUGCAAUUGUUACUAAUACAGCAUUGAUUGCAAUGCAACCAUCAGUUCGAGAAUAUUUCUCAUCAUAUAGUAAUGUUGAAUAUAUUAUAAUAUUUGUUGCAGCUGAACAUAUAUUAUUGACAUUGAAAUUUGCAAUUGAUUUUGCUAUACCUGAUGUUCCACAUGAAGUUGAAAUUGCACGAGCUAAAACUCUUUAUGAAUCAAGUCAAGCUCUCCGACGUGAACGUGAACAUAAAUCAGAAAGAGCUCAAUCGAUGACAACCAAACUUUAA